UCUCUCUCUCUCUCUCUCUCUCUCAUUCCUGUUCUUCUAUUGAGAUCAACGUCACUCUCGAGCUCCGGUUAAUGGCGUCUUCGAUCGCCAGAGGAGGAGAAGACGAGGGGGAGGACGAAGAGUUUGAGGGCUUUGAUGACUUCACUAUUGCAUCUUCAUGGGAAAGAUUCAUAUCUGAAAUAGAGGCUGUUUGUCGAUUAUGGCUCUUUGAUGGCCCAAAGAAUUUGGUGGACAAAGGUGCUGAAUGUUUAGAUCAUCCAAAGAACUUGUACAAGGUUAAAUCUGAACUGAAAUAUGGUGGUAAAGAUUACUGCUUGGAGUUCUACUUUAUGAUUAAUAAAGAUGGGCAAGCUACUGAAUGGGUUGACAACUUGCAUAACAUUCAACAAUCAUUUGGUGUAAAUGAAUUUCUGGUUAUUGCACCCUUAAGCGCCAGUGGGGUGGUUCUUGACUCACCUGAAUCAAGCAAACUUUUAAGUGCUGUAGCAAUUGCUUUAUCAAAUUGUGGAAGUAAUUGGCCUGCAUUUGUUCCAGUUCAUGAUCCUUCCCGCAAAGCGUACAUUGGCAUACAAAGCACAGGGACAAUUUUUACUCGAAGGUUUGAUGCAGACAGAAUUGGUAGCCAGGUGCCUGUAAGGCUUAUGCAUAUGGAAGGGCUUUAUGAGUUAUUUGUUGCGAAAUUUGCCUCUUUUGAUUAUCCAAUGAACUAUUUUAAAGUAAGCUUUGGAAUGAAGUUGACAUAUAGAACGCCUCCAUUUGAUGAUGACGAAGAAGAUGUUUUAGAGAACGUGGAAGCUGAAGUUAAAGAAUCAGAAGAAGUGAAUGAUGGUUAUGAUCGUAUUAAAGUUCAAUGGGAUGAUGAUUGCCCUUGGGCAGAGUGGUAUUCUGCUGAGGACCCCAUUAAAGGCUUUGAGUUGAUCACCAUUUGGCCAAGGAAUACAUGUGAGAGCUCCAUGGAGAUGGCAGAAUUAGAAAAUGCUUCAUCAUUUGAUGCUGAGAAGUGGAGUCUCUACCCUCUUAUUUCGCCGAACAUGAUUGAUGAUUCUGAUGGAAAGUUUAUUGGAUUUGCCUCUCAACUACGACUUCUAGUUGGUGCCUUGGAAAGGUCUUUUGAUGCCAAGUUUUUGGAAGAUUUUGUUUCAGCUGAAAACAUUGGUUCUGACAAUUCGAACCCUGCUGUUGUUAUACCUCCUCCAACAGUUCGGGAUCGUGUUCUUAAAGAGCUUUUUCACGAUGGUGCUCAAAUUUCAAGUAGUUUAGAUCUUGAAAGUAAGAAUUCUCGAGCUAUCAAAGGUGCUCCACUGGAAUCACUUUUUGCGCAAUUCUGCUUGCAGUCACUUUGGUUUGGCAACUGCAAUGUUCGUGCAAUAGCAACACUCUGGAUUGAAUUUGUCAGAGAAGUUCGUUGGUGCUGGGAGGAGUCUCAGCCACUGCCGAGGAUGCCAUCUGAUUUGGAUAUUGACUUGUCUUCUUGUCUGAUACAUCAAAAACUUCAUUUGCUUGCCAUAUGCAUCAAGAAGAAGAAUUUGCUUAAUCAUGAGAACCACACCUCUGUUGAAAUCACAGGCCAAAGUUCUGAUGACAAGGGUCUUGCUGAAUUUGAUAGAAAUGAAAUUUUGGAUUUGCCGCAGAAUGAGAGUAUGGUAGAUGAAUUCGAUAGUGACAGUCCUGAUUCAGAAGGGACUACUGGAAACCUUACUGUGGAUGCAGAGUGUGCAGUGGCGUCUCCAGAUGCACAUAAAUCAUGUCCAAUCAGGAAGGGAUCUUCCGGUAUUGUAGGAAAUAUGAUGCUUUUGCAUUCAUUUCAGAAAAUGCAUGCUCCAUAUACACAGGAUGCACCAGUUAUGACAGAAGAUAUGCAUGAAGAAAGACUGCAUGCUGCUGAAGUUUGUGGAGAUGCAUUUAGCACCUCCGGGCAAUUGGAAAGAGACAUUCUCUCUUCUGAUAUGUCAGCAUUUAAAGCAGCAAAUCCAGAUGCUGUUUUUGAGGAUUUUAUUCGAUGGCAUUCACCUGGUGACUGGGAGAGUGAAGAAAUUGAAGACAGAUCCACUGGUAACAAGGAAGACCCUGAUCAAUGCAACUGGCCCCCUCGAGGAAAGCUUUCACAAAGGAUGUCUGAACAUGGGAACUCAUGGCGGAAAAUCUGGAAUGACUCUCCAGCUUUGCCGGCUUCUGAGCAGAAGCCUCUUUUUGAUCCAAUUAGAGAAGGGGAGAAGGUGCUUCAUUAUCUGGAAACUUUGCAACCACAUCAUCUUUUGGAACAAAUGGUUUGCUCUGCCUUCAAAGUAUCUGCUGACACACUUAACCAAACUUCAUUUGGUAAUCUUCAACUCAUGAAAACAAAACUGAACCAGCUUUAUAUCACACUGGCAUCUUCAUUGAGGCCUUUGCGAGCAAACCGUACGCAUGACAAGUAUGAGUUGAUUGGAGAUUUGAGACGAUUGUGUCUUGUUUUUGAAAACAUUGAGAAACUACUAAUCUUCGUAUCCUCCCUUCAUCGUAAACUCAGAGAUGCCCCACGCCUUACAGAAGCUAUUUUCAAUGAUUAUUUCAAUUAUUAUCUUCCCAAAAUGGGAAAUAGUUCAGCAAGUAUCUGCUUUGAUAAGAAGUUCAGCAACAAGCAACAAGUUAGUAUGCUUGAGAGAGAUGUAGUAGCCAAUUUGUUUCCCCCUCCCACUGCCAACCAAUCAUGGCGGAAAGUUUUGAGCAUGGGCAAUCUUCUCAAUGGCCAUGAGCCAAUCCUGAGGGAGAUUAUAUUCUCAGUUGCUCAUAGAGUUGGUGAUUGUCACUAUGGAAGCAACAUUCCUUGGACUCACACUGAAGAAAUUGAGACUCAUCGAAUGUACAUCCGCGGAACAUCCAAUGAUCUUCAGGUUGCACUCUCUGUGACCUCAUGGGAUUAAGGAGAUCUGCCCAUGUUUUUUGUGAGAUGGUGAUCUCUUCACUUGGCUCACACUAACAUUAUGUGAUUUUUUUGAAUGGAGGGCUUUGUCAGAAUGUGGAAAAGCCAAAUGCUGAUUGGCUCCAUUUGUUUUGAGCAAGCAUAUUCUUCUGAUCAUUUAUUGUUUCAGAAGCAAUUCCAUUGAUGAAAAUGAUGUAUCAUGUUUUGGGGCAGGAGUUCAGUUUCGCCAUUUUUGACAGCAGAUUGUUCUUUCUUAAAUUCUGACAUGGGUUUGAGGAACCACAAUGCCUGUUCACCUCCUUAGAGAUCAAGUCAUAAUGGUGAUGAAGAACAGGAUGAAGGUGCCGAUAUUCAAAGGUGUUUCCCUCUGAAUGCUCGUGAUAACUUUUGUUGCAGAUUUAACUGUCUAUAAAUACAAAUUUAGGUGAUCUUUUGGUCCAUCAAGAUCACUCCCACGUGGAUAAUGGUCGUAGGAUUGUCAGAAGAGAUCAAUAACUCUUUCGGUCAGUAUGUUCUUAAAUUUGUUUUCAAUUGUAAAAUAUUUCUGCACAGUUUAUCCUUUCUCCUCCUAUUACUUGCUUCCUCAUGUGGAAUCAUAACAUCUUCCUUUACUGUUUGAUAACUUCAAGAGAGAACCAUAUAGUUUUUGAUCCCCUUCA